CUUCUGCUUUUCUGAAACCCGGGGCCUUUGGCGGCAGCUCGGGGCCACCCCGGCCAUGCGGCCCUCGGGUCUGUGCCUGCUUCCUCUGCUGACCGCCUGGCAGCUGUGGGCCUCUGCGGACGACGGGGCUGUGCUCCCCAAGGCCAAGGUGACCCUCGACCCACCCUGGAUCAACGUGCUCCGGGAGGACCAGGUGACGCUCCGCUGCGAGGGUCCCCAGGGCCAGGGGGACCCCAGCACCCACUGGUUCCACAACAACAACUCCGUGGGCGCCAAGGGCCAGCACAGCCUGAGUUUCCAGGCCACCAGCGAGGCCAGCGGGAACUACAGCUGCCAGACUGGCCACAGCCGCCUCAGUGACCCCGUGCGGCUGGCUGUGGUCUCAGACUGGCUGCUGCUGCAGACCCCCGCGCGGGAGUUCCGGGAGGGGGACCCCAUCGUGCUGCGGUGCCACAGCUGGAGGAACAAGCCCCUGACCAAGAUCACCUUCUACCAGGACACAGUGUCCAAGCAUUUUUCCUCCAGGAACCAGAACUUCUCCAUCCUGCAGGCCAACAUCAACCACAGCGGCAAGUACCGCUGUCGGGGCUUCAUCGGGAGAGGGGUCCACACCUCGCCGCCCGUGGCCAUCUCCGUCCGAGGACGCCACCAGGACACUUCAAGCCUGGACUCCACGUCUCUGCCUGGGGUCCACGUUAUUCUCUGCCUGGCCACCGCCCUGCUCUUGGCCGUGGACACGGGCCUGUAUCUCAUCGUGCGCAGAGACCUGCGGGCCGGGGUGACCAGCGGCGGCGCCCACAGGAGCCAGGAUGCUCGGAACACGUGACCAGGCAUCACCGCAUCAUCUGAGUGAGGACCACCGGGUGACAGCGCCCUCGCCCGGCAGCCCUGGCCUUCUGGUCCCCUCUCUUGACCCCCAGAGGGACCCGCCCCGUACCUCGAGGUCAAAACACUGCCUCUCGGCCACAGAAUGAGGACCCGUGGCCACGUGGUCCGUGGCCUGUCCCUAUAGCAUCGUCUUGGGCCCUGGACAGUGAGGCUGGUGGACACUCACGUGGGAACCCCCCUCAGAGAGCUGUUGGUGCCCUGAGUACAGUGUCCACUUGGGCUGUUUCCUGUCUGCUGAGUGUCCCAUGAGUGAUUGGGAAACCGGUGGGCCCAGGGGACGUGGUCGUGAGCAGACCGGGGCUGUGGUCACCGGCAGACUGGGGAUGUGGUUACCCACAGAGCAGAGGAUAGAUUUUGCUAGCGCUGGAGAGGACAGGACGAAGUUCCCCUGUGACCCCCGUGACCCCCGUGUCACAUCACAGAACACUCGAGAAAACAACCACCUCACCUUCCUCUUUCCUUUCCCCAAACGUCCGUCUUGCCUGUGUCCCCUCCCAAACCAAACCUGUUUCUGAAUUUAAAUAAG